GAAAAUGCGAUGAAAUACAACAUGCUUCCUUCGCACCACAUUGAAGCUGAUGUCUGCCCAAUACGGGGACAGGACAGCCGCACCUGUGCCGCCAAAGGCUUCUCGUUCGUCUGGACUAUGCAUGCAUCCUGUCUGACGAGUACGUGGCCCCAUGUUCGUUCCCGUCCCCAUCGGUCGCCCCAUGUCUGCAACCAGUACCCUAGCUGAAUACAGCUUGAGCCCCCCAAAACAGCCCCAAACUGACAGAGGAUUGUCUUGCUUGCUUGCUCCUCCCGACUCUCCUUUCACCAAACCUCCGCAUCGGAAUAUCCAAUCGAAUCAGGUCAGGGCAACCGGAGCCGCGCCCCCCAGCAGGAAAUCCCCUAAUCUGAUCGGUGGAGCAAUUCUAUCUCUGAAUUAAUAUUUCUCUGUUCAUCCCGCGAAAACCCUUUUUACCUCGUUCCAUGGAAUGUCCCACUUCCACCGGCAUGAACGAGGGACUUUCGUGAUGCUCCAUCGUCGGCUCGUUCGCCCUGUCAUCGUCACCGGCUUGCUGGCUUGCAUCUGCUAUCUGUGGUUGGUAUACCACUCCGAUAUCGUGGUCCUGAUUCCCAAAACCGUCGCCCUCAAUCCUCUUCAGGAUCCCGUCGAACCGGCGAAAAGUUCAAGUUCCAGGUCCCGCAUUGCAAAGGUUACGGUCGCCGCGAACUCGCUGAAUACUUCGGUCAUUCAUCAAGCGCUGCGCACGCAUCAGGUGCAGAAUGAGCUUCAUGGGUAUACACAUUUCAUCACGACGGGGGAGUUGGUGGGCGAUCUCUCAGAACAUGAUGUCCAAGGAAGACCUCGAGGCGCUUGGAGCAAGCCUGCCUACCUGCUCUCCCUUAUCGUCGCCGAAUUGACGAAGCCGGAAGCUGAGAGAUUGGAAUGGUUGUUUUGGUUUGAUGCCGACACAGUGGUUAUGAACCCACAUACUCCUCUCGAAGUCUUCCUUCCUCCGUCCGACAUUCCUUCAGUUGCCAACAUUCACCUGCUGAUGGCCAGCAACUGGGACGGUCUGAAUUCGGGCGCUUUCGGUCUGCGAGUACACCCAUGGUCUGUUUCAAUACUUUCAGCAGUAUUGGCUUACCCUCUAUACAAGGAAGAUAAGCUUAAGAAAGAUCGAUUCAGGGAUCAAAGCGCUUUCCAAUGGCUACUCCAGUCACCGGAUUCUAUGUUGGUUAGGGGAGGUAAUUUGGGCGGCACAGAGAACUGGGCAGAUGUCCCAAUGCGUUGGUUCAAUUCUCUACCCAUCAACAAUGCAUUUUCCAAGAGGUGGGACUGGAUCUUUAACCACAACAUGACCGGCGCCCUUUUCGACAACGGCACCCGAGAAGUGUACCCAGAUGGAAACGGCAAGACUGUUCAGCCAUGGAAAGUCAUGCAAGGAGACAUGCUGGUGCAUUUUGCAGGCACCACGAACGUCAGACAAAGCUGGAUGGGGCCGUGGCUCGAGAGAGCCGUAAAGUACCUCCCGGAAUGGAGCAAUGCCACCCGAAAAGAAGAGCUGAAACAAGAAGCGCGAUUCUUCUGGAAUAUCACGGCGAGUCGGAUCGACGUGGCGAAAGCCCACGAGAAAGAGAGGGCUGAGAAGGCGGCUAAGAACCCAGGCUUAUUCGGGGAGAAGAAGCCCACCACGAAACAACGCCCGCCCGGGAAAUGGGAAGCCAAGCCUGAUAUCGUAGAUCCUACGCUGAAUGCCAAGUCAGGGGACGAGGCUGUGAAAAGCAAUGUAGCUAUCGAGGUGGUGACGACCACGCAAAGUGGUCCUGUUGGAAUACCGACCACGACGCAGUCAGCGCCAAGUUAAACAAAUGAAUAGUAGAAAAGCUUAUGUAGAUCCUGUACAGUAAAAUCCUGUACCAAUACAUGCCAAC